GUUACUCUGUUCGACCACUGAAGGCUCUCACACACACAUACACACACUCACACACACAUACACACGCACGCACACACACACACACACUCACACUCAAACACACAGAGACGGUCCCGCAGAAAAUCACCCACUUAUUCACUUUUUUCAUGCCAAACACGGACCUGCCCGGCUUAUUAGGCAGAACAGCUGCAUUUUAUUAAUAUAUAUUUAUUUCAGUCCAACUGGAGGUUUUUUUGCGCCCCAACGAAAAGUUGCUACGACAGGUGGUUUGUCAUGAGCGGAGAGCGGUGAAAAAGCACACUGAGAGAGAGAGAGAGACAUUAGAGAGAGAGACAGAGAGGUAUUUCUGUGAGGAUCGUGUGCACUCAACACCGGGCUGAUGUUUUCUUUAGAGCAGGAGAACUCCUCCAAGCCCGUCAAAUACGGAGAGCUGAUCGUUCUCGGGUGUAAUGGCUCGCUGCCCGGUGGAGAUCGGGGCAGACGGAGGAGCCGCUUCAGCCUGUUUAAACGACCCACAGCCAAUGGCGUCAAACCCAGCACUACACACACCUGCAGCCCACAGGCAGCCAAGGUGAUCAGUAAAAACAGCCAGCACAGCGUGUCGUACACGCUCUCCUGGUCUGAGAUGGUGGUGGUGGAGUACACUGAUGACAAUGAAACCGACAUGUUUCAGAUUGGCAGAUCUACAGAGACUCCGAUAGACAUUGUGGUGACAGAAACAGCUGGUGGUAGGCAUGGUAACGGUCCCAUGCGGCCCCUGCAGAGCACCGUCUCGCGGUUUGCGUGUCGGAUUGUGUGUGAUCGGACUCCGCCCUACACCGCCCGCGUUUACGCCGCCGGCUUCGACUGCUCCAGAAACAUCUUCCUCGGGGAGAAGGCAGCUAAGUGGAGAACGUUUGAUUGUCAGAUGGACGGCCUGACCACUAAUGGAGUUCUGCUGAUGCAGCCAGCACGCGGCUCCAAACCAGCGGUGUGGAGAGAGAUAUCAGUCUGCGGGAACGUCUUCACGCUCCGAGACACCACAUCACCACAGGACAGAGGCAAACAGGUGAAGGACGAGUCUCCGGUGCUGUUGGACGGUUCUCUGAUCGAUCUGUGUGGAGUGACCCUGUUGUGGCGCUCGGUGGAAGGUCUGUCGCGCAGUCCGACCGCCGGCCACCUGGAGGCUCUGCGGCUCCGUCUGAACGCCGCCCGACCCCAGUGCCCCGUCCUGCUCAGCACGUUGGCGUUCCCUAGCCUGGACGGCCCGCGGCCCCGCCGGCCCUGGGCCUACCUGACCUGUGGACACGUCCACGGAUACCAUCAGUGGCAGGGGAGGGGUAUUCCCUACAAACAGCAGAGCUCGGCAGAGACGGAGAAAAGAGAGACGGAGAGAGAGGGAGGGAGGGAUAGGGGAGAAAGAGAGAUACAAAGGGAGGCAGAGAGUGGGGGAGAAAAAGAGGAACAAAUGGAGGGAAUAGAGAACGAGGCCGUUAAAGGAGAGAGGGAGGAAAAGACGGUGAAAAGAGGAAGAGAGGGAGGGAGGGAUAGAGGAGAAAGAGGGGGACAGACCGAGAGGAGUAUAGAGGAGGAAGCAGAAGCCGUCAGAGGAGAGAGAGAGUGUCCGCUGUGCCGAAGUCGUGGCCCGUACGUUCCGCUUACCCUGGGCCGCGUGUCGGAUGUGUACGUGGACGCCGAGUCGCCGUCUCACGCGUUUGUCCCCUGUGGACACGUCUGCUCGGAGCGAACGGCGGAACACUGGAGCAAAACGCCGCUGAAGCGCGGGACAAACGUCUUCCAUCCGGCCUGUCCGUUCUGCCUCGGACAGCUCAAACGAGACAGGCCCUACGUCAGACUCAUCUUUCAGGGACCACUGGACUGAGGGUCUCCGUCUAUAGACCCUUUAACACCGACAAGAUGCCGGUGCCCAGUCUUGUUACCAUUUUGUGGACUUCCAUCAGCAAAUUCGGUGCCAUUCUGGCCCUAAAAAACAAAGAACCAGGGACACGAGGGGGUGACACUGUCGCCGUGUAAAGUUCGGAGAGUCCAUGUAAAUUUUUAAUGAUGGAAGAUUGUCAUGUUACCAGAUCAAAACUACCAGUUGGCCAAUGCCAGCUGGAUCUGACUUGUUGCCGUGGUAUGAAAGAACAUUCUGGUCGGAACAACUUGUAAACUCAAGUAACACGAAACUUGCCCUUGUACUUAAGACUGUCAGCCAUUCUAGUGCAUCUUCCUCAUGCUUAACCCCAAAAAACCUUUACUGGGACCGUCCGAACGCCCCAUGAGAACCUUUUUUCAAAAAAAUGUUUUUCAAAAAUGAGUGACCUGUGAAUCAUCAGUGGUCCACGGAAGAACUCAUUUAAAAUACAGCCCGCAAAAUAAACACGAGAUAAAAGGCUGAAACAUGCCAACAAAGAAAAAUGGUGCCAUUCCGGCCUUGAAAACCUGCUGAAACCAAAGAACCGGGGAUGCGAAGGGGUGACAUCAUCGCCAUGUAAUGUUCUGACAGACCUCAUGAGCACUUAUUUUGGAAAAUCGUCAGAUUGAAAUGAGCAGGUGCACCAAUGGCAACGCCAGUGUGGUCUAACUUGUUGCUGUGGUAUCAGAGAACAUUCUGGUGGCGACAUUCUGGCUGGUCAUGUGGAACGACUUGUAAACUUGGGCUUACUUGGAACUUACCCUUGUAUUCACUGGGACCUUUUUCUGGGACCAUCAGAACACACCAACAGAACCAAUAUUUUCCACAGAUUUUCAAAAAUGACUGACCUAUGAAUUAUCAGUGGUCCAUGGAAGAAACCAGUGCUUUACUCCUAAUAUUGUCCUCCAAAGAGCUACAAGAUACACUGUUACAUGCCAGCAGUGCUAACAAGUAUUGACAGUUAAUGUUGCCAGUUACCAUGGCUUCAUUCGCAUCAUGCUAACUGAUAACACCGGCGUUUAUUGCUUAUUAGUAUGUAGAAACUCCCACGUCUGGCAACAUAAUCAUGGUGGAAAUGAGCUGCCAGUUAGCAUGACUUCAUUUAGGCUGCGUUCACAUUACCAGGUUGAAGUGGCACAAAUCUGAUUUUUUGCCCUAAAGUGACUCAGAUCCGAUGUUUUCAGGGCUGUGUGGACACAAAUCUGAUCUUUUUAAAUCCGACCUGAGCCUCUUUCAUAUGCGGUCCUAGGUGGGAUACGUAUCCGAUUCGUGGCCAUGCGACCUUAAUGUGACGCUCAGAUCGGAAUUCAUGUGCUUGUUUUCCACUGUGCGUGCGCCGUCAUUCAGCGUUACCAUGGCAGCAGCGCCGAACAGAAGUUAAAGCCUGUAAACGGUGGAAAAGCAGCUCAUCUCACCUUUUUCUCCUUCGUCUCGCUCUAAUAAUGAAGCUGAGAGCUGAUCAGAGUUAAUUAUCUUCACCGUGAAGCUCGUUCUGCUCGUUAGUUUGUGCUGAUGAUGAUCGUGAUUCAUUCACGUGACGUUACUGAGUAGGAUGUGCUCAUGAGGGUCAUUCAGGACGCCAGUUUGUUCACAUUAAUGAUUUGAAUCAUUAAACGAGUGUGAACCAUCCUGUCAGAGAUCGGAUUUGAGCAAAAAAUCGUAUUUGAGCAACGAGGCUUGUAAUGUGAACGUAGCCAAACUAGCAGCUUUAACUUUCAUUGCUUGUUAGCAUGGUUAGCAUGUAGAAUAACUGGCGGUGGAAACAUGCGCCUGUUCUUAUGGUGCGUUUGGAACGUCCACUACCAGCUGUGUGCAACUGGUGGUAUUGGCAACUGGCAAAUUUACCGCAUGAACAACACAUAAACCUAGGAUGGUACUAAUGACAUCACUCACUACAAGGAAAUAGAAAAGCUUAGUCUGCUGUGUUUCCAUGAUGCCAGAAUGUGCUAGUUGGUUGUAGGUCACAGCUUAUAAACUCGGGGAACUUGAGAAACGUGGAACAUGCUCUGGUUCCCCUCUGGUGUGUUCGGACGGUCCUCAUAAACUUAUGAAGUGAGGAAACUGUCGCAUUUCCAACUCAAACAACUCUAAAAGGAUCUUUAAUGUCUUUUUGUGUGGUACUUCUGUCGUUACUGCUCUGGUUGUUCCGUCUCAUGUGUCUUAGUAAACCCUCACCCUCAUCACUCUGUGCUCUCACAAAACAGUGAUGCUUUAAAAGGUUAACAUAACUUUAUUACCAUUAUAUGCUAGCAUAAGUCUGACUGGCUCCACAUGGUUCAUUUUUUAUGUCUGAAAGCAAAAGCCUACAGAUUGCAUACAGGCACCUAUGCUAUACAUAGGCUGUAAUAUGGGCUUUUUGGUAUUCUUAUUAAAUUAGUCUAAAGGCCUGGUCAUGCUAGUGUUCACAAGCGAAUUCUAUUCAUUUUAAUGGUGAACGUUAACACACAAAUUCGCUUCUUUGACCAGUAUCGCUACUUGGUGUACUUCUGAAGAAAUAUAGCAGCACUGAAAAUGGAGGAGACGCUAAAUUAACUGGCGUUUGAGCACAAAUCUUUUACGAUUUCUUCCCAAAUGGCUAUUAACACGUGAAAGAGCGAAUGCAUAGAUGGUCGGUCAGGAAACUGUAUUGUUUUCUUUACUUUUGUGACUUUACUGUUUACGGUUGACUAGUUAGCCUGCUUGCUAACUGCUGUGUUAGCUGCAUGGCUAACUGCAGCAGCCCAGAUAGCAAGCAUAUAUUGGUCCGCUGGCUUGAUGAGGUCGGCAUCCCACUGUUUGCCACUGCUGGUCCACCCUUGGGCCAUCCCAGAUAUUGUCCUCCAUACAAGCUCUAUCUAGUUUUUAAUCAGCUCAAACUGAUUUUAAAUGAUCACAGACUUUUAUUUUGGAAAAGACAAAUAUUACAAACAACUGAGAGAAAAAAAUAAUAACUAGGCCUGAUAUAAAAUGAUUUCAUAGAAAAUGUUGUAGCUGAUGCUGUGCUGGAUUAAAAUUAUUUACUAAACUAAUUUACAAAAUAUAACUAAAGAAAGGAAGGAAAGAAAAAUGAGUAAAUUGGACUGUGAGUGGAAAUUUAGUGAUGAUUAGUGGAAUUUUGUUUAUUACUCUGCUUAACCACCGGUGGGCCGCCCAGAAAACGCUGAGCAAAAUGCCAUUGGACCGCCAGCUUUGCCAUCAGCGGACCAGCAGUGGCCCACUGACCUCUUGCUAUCAGGGAGCACUACUUCUGCCAAUCACACCAUUUAUCUACAAGUAUACAGUUAUCUGAUAUGAAUAUGUUCAUGUUUUGCAGUUUAUGGUUAGCGAGUCAGCUAGUUUGUUAACUGCUGUGUUAGCUUCUUGGCUGAUCGCAACUGCACAGAAGUCACCCCACUGCCACCAACCACGGCAGUUACUUUUUGCUACAGAUCAGUACGUUGUGCCUAGCUUGCUAACUGCACCAAGACGGAGCUUUUUUUGACUGAAGCUUGUAACUCGGAAUUUCUCAGCUCUGGCUGGGAAACAAAUCAAAGAAAACACCACCUCAACUGGGAAUUCCUACUAGGAAAGUCUCAACUCCGAGCUCAGUGUAUGAUGUCAAACCAACAUGGCUGUUCAGACCAUCAACAUUAAUAAAGACCCACUUCGCUACAUUUAAGUGGGAUUUACUUUUUUUUUAAUUAAUACUCAUUGUACAGUUUGCUGUCUGGAGAAGCUAAAUACACCAUUAACGUUAAAGUUAUCACUCAAAUCACUGACUUUGGCUUGCUAGCUUGUAGCUCACAAUACUCGCUUUCAUGGAGAUGUUCUUCUUUGUAGCUCGAAGGCGUGGAGGUCCAAAAUGAUGCAGUUUCGAACUCUGAGUUUCUACUUCCAAGCGCAGUCGAGCUCAUUUCACAAGGCGACGUGAACUGCAGAUGUCUACUGUGACUGUGGCAGCUGCGAUCCGAAACAUGCUACCCAGUUAGCAAAAUUUGUCUGGCCCACUUGUGGGCCAACAUUCUUGGUUUGUUCUGGCCCAGUAUACGGCUGGGUCCUCGGCCCAGAUCUGGACCACACACUGUAAAAUGAGUAGAAUUAAAGGAUAUGGCCCAAAUUUGGCCUCAAUCUGGCCCAACUACAUCGUUGGUCCACAACAUUCACACCAGAAUUGUCCCAUGAAUGUAGACACGAGGCAAAACCAUAUGAAGCUGUCCAGGAUCUGGCCCUAUUCUGGCCCGCAUGCCUAAUGUCUACCCAGUAGUCAACCAACAAAACUGUCUGCUAUCUGGGUAUGGCACCACACUAUUGUGAUAUGCUAGCAGUUACCAUCCCAAAACCUAGCUGUCACUAUCUGCUGAACAAAAACUGUUCCUUUCUCUUGUGAGAGUUUGCGGUGAGUGAAAUGCUAAGGAAUACUUUGAAUAAAAGCAGUUUAGCCUUAUGCUAACAGGUCACAUCUUUCAGCUAGCCACAUUAGCAUCUUUCGCUGAAGUAUUUUCCAUUUUUUUACACAAACAUAAGGGGGAAAGGUUGAAUGAAGCUGCAGUUUUUUCUUUAUGAACAUGUGUGUUUUGUUGUUUUGAUAUUUUUAACCGGUUGGUCUACACUGCCCACGGAAAAUGCCAGUCUUAUGCCCAGUAUGCCUGCGGAUUGUGCUGUUCAGACUGUGUGUUUAUUGAACUGGGCGUGUGCAUGUACAGUAUGCUAAUGCUAACUCGUGUUUCUGUAUUAUACCGGGUGACUGAUUUCAAUGUGGAUGGACACUAUUUUGAUCACUUUAAUACUGCCUUACUGUUAUUAUUGUUAUUGCCAAGUCAUUUUUGUACCAUUACCAUACAGCAAAAACUAAUAAUAAAAGUGCUAAUAAGCUAAAA